AUGAACAAACGUCGCCGUUCCUCAUCUGUCUCGAGUUUCACCUCGGUUGGCCCUAUUCAGACGCACCAAAUCGAUGCCGUCACAGAGAUCGCGCGUCCUGAAGUUCUCUUCUUCCUGGAAAAUAUCGUCGUGAAAUCUGUUGAGAACUUUAUGCAGGAUGUGGAGAACGAUGUGAGGAUUCGAUCUUUCGAUAACUCGGAGGUCGGAUUCCCCUUCGGGAAUGUUCCAAUCAAAGCCAAAGGAAAGGACGUUACAGAAAAUAUGAUGUAUCCAGAACUGGAAAAAGGAUUCCAGAGCUGUAUAAGGGCGAACUGGGAUUCCAAAUUAUUAUCCCUGGAUACCCACAAUGCACGCCAACCCCUUAACACAGACUUGGGCUUUGAUAUCUCUGGGGCUCCAGAUCUGUUCCUUACCUUCGACAACGGCGUGGGAAGUAACGUCAAAUGGGGGCCCAGUCUAUUCUACUAUCCAGGAAUCAUUGUCGAAGUCAAACGCUCCAAAGACGACAACUUACCCAUAGAAUCGUUCCUCAAAGAUAGUAUCAAAUACAAUGAGAGGCAUAUCGAACUCUGCAAUCAGCUCUAUCGCUACAUCGGCCUUGGACUAUUCCCAAACAAUCCAUAUCGCCACCUCUAUUCCAUCACUGUGACGGGUCCAUUUAUGCGACUGUGGAAGUGGACCGCAAGUGGAGUUAUAGUCAGUGAUUCGCUCUCAUACACAAAAAAUGCCGAGCCUCUGGUCCGGUUCUUCCAUAUGAUUGGAAACCGACAUGCCCUUGGGCUCAACGUUCGCAAAUGGGUAGACGACGAUGGAACAGAAAGGGUAUUUGAGGCACAUAUGCAAUUUACUGAAUACGAGGGAAACGGCCACUUCAAAAAUAAUUUGCUCACAAUUCUCAACACGCACGACAAGUUGACAAACCCCCGAUCAGACAGUGGACAGUCCCAGGAUACAAAGAAUAGCUUUAUGUGGCAGUUUGCAUUCAAGGACCCUCUGAAGAAUAAGAGGGAAAACUACCUUGUUCUCAAGCAUCCCAUCUGGCGUGCAGCCGGCAUAUUUGGCCGCGGAGCAAGAAUGUACCUCUGCGUUGAGAGGGAGUUCUUCGAAACCAUGCACACUCAGAGCCCUAGCCAAGAACAAAUUUUGGACAACAUCAAGAUGUUGAAAACCAGCUGGCCCAUUGCCAGUCAUACUCACGAGGCUGAAUUCGUUAACAAAGCCAAAAAAGCCAAAGAAGCCAAACCCUCUCUCGGUCAGAUCUACCUACCCAGACUCUUAGCGCAUGGCAACCCGCCCGAGGCUGCGCAAUGUCUUGGGGAAUUUAUGACCACGGAGAGACUUGACACGCUGAAGGCUAUGGAAAACGGCAGCACUUUUGCUGGCGGACGAGUUGGUCGCUGGUUGCUCUUCAAUGACUUAGGGACGCCGAUCACCAACAUCAAGUCAACCAGGGAGCUUUUCACUGUUCUUCGCGAUUGUCUUCAAACCCACGCUAUGCUGUACUUGGAAGCCGGGAUCCUACAUCGUGAUAUCUCGGUGAACAGUGUCCUCAUCAAGAUCCGAUCAUCCACACCACGACGUGGCAUGCUUAUCGAUUUUGAUUUGGCAAGGGAUAUUAAAACCUUCGAGAUCGACUAUGAUAUCAUGGAAAAUGUAAAGCUAGUCGGCGGACUGGCAAAAAGCGUUAAAGAAGUCCCGGAGCCUGAGAUGACUGGUACCAUCCGCUUCAUGGCCAUUGCACUUGAUCAUCGACCACUGCACCGUGUUUGGCACGACUAUGAAUCCUUUUACUGGAUACUCAUUUACUGCGUCGUCCGUCAUGCCAAAAACGUCACACUUGUUUGGUCCCAUUUAAAAGGCUCUCUGAAGCUCAAUGGCGAAAACAACAAGAAUCGCAAACGGGCACUCACCGCGAUCUUCCGUGACAACAAUGCAACAGAUUCGACGGCAAGCAGAUCCAGUGCUGAGGGGAAACUUGAUUUCCUCCUAAACUGCACGCUCCUUGUUCCAGAUAAUGCCAAGCUCCAACAACUCAUCUCCACACUCACGCUCAUCCUGCGCCAAGUGUACAUAGCCAUCCUGGCUGUGGCACGUGCGCAAGAGGCGAUUAUAUAUGCACAUACCAUUUUUCGGGACUACUUGGGGGAUAUUAAUGGACUCUACUUUGAGUAUGCUAGUCCAUACGCGGUGGUGAGCAUUGAGGAUCUCAAGGGAUAUAAUAAAUCCCUGGGUCCCGCAAUGGAAAAUGCGAAAAAAACACUGCUCAAAGCGAUCGAACCCGAACCCAAAACAGGGGUAACAGAUCCCCCGAAGGAAGCAACCCCUCCCACGAAACCAACCCCCCCAAAGAAACUAGAUCCAAGUCUCGUUCCAUUGAUUCAAACCCUAGUCACCUACAUGGUUACGGAAUACGAGGCAGCUAAGCUUCAUACGGCAAGCCUCACGGUCUUUCCCGACUUCGGCACCUUUGUUAACGCAUUUUCUGUCGAGAAUGAACCAGCUUCUGCUGACGAUGUGGUACCUUACAAUCCAAACACGGAGAAGGAUCCAGAGGAUUCAGAGGAUUCAGAGGAUUCAGAGGAUUCGGAGGAUUCGGAGAUGGAAGUGUCCCACAAGCGUUUGAAGACGGACAACUAA